AUGCUUGUGUUAAAGCCAUAUCCUCGACAUAGUAAUUUAUGCUCUAGGUCAACUUUACUGAAAAGUUUACUCAAAACUUAUUCAAACGGUAACUCUAAUAUAAUAUGCAAAAAGCUGUUAACAACCAAAACAAAUAUUAAGACCAAAUCUAGAUUCACAUCUUUCAAAUUUGGUAUUGCGUUAGGGUUAGGGGGUUCUAUUCUUUAUGCAACAAAUGACUCGUUCCAUAAUACCACUAGACACAUCGUAUUGACGGCUGAUAGAGUAGGUGUUGUUGCAUUGGCUACCAUUCGUUGUUUUAAGCUUUACAAAGAUACCUUAGGAACGGAAUAUGAUUCCCAAAUCGAUAGAAGCAAGGCAUUAUCAGAAACUCACCUUAAAGCGGCGAAGAUCACUUUAAAAGCACUUGAGAAAAACGGCGGAAUAUAUAUUAAAUUGGGUCAACAUAUUACAGCUUUGACUUAUUUACUUCCUCGUGAAUGGACAGAUACUAUGAUACCUUUGCAAGAUAGAUGUCCAAGGUCUUCAUUGGAGGAGAUUGAAAAUAUGUUUCAGUCAGAUUUAGGAGUUUCGAUGAAUGAAUUAUUCAGUGAAUUUAACCCGGAGCCCGUCGGUGUUGCAUCUCUAGCUCAGGUACAUAUAGCUACUUUGCGAGAUAGCGGAGAGAGGGUUGCAGUCAAAGUUCAACAUCCAUCGCUUGCAGAAUUUGUUCCAUUAGAUGUAUAUAUGACUCAGAGAGUUUUCAGAUUGAUGCGGAAAGUCUUUCCUGAGUACCCUUUAACAUGGUUAGGAGAUGAAUUACAGAGUUCAAUUUUUGUAGAAUUGGAUUUUGUAAACGAAGCAGAGAAUAGUGAAAGGACUGCAAAGUACUUUAAAAAUUUUCAAAAAGAAACAGCUUUACGAAUUCCAAAGAUAGUUUCUGCAAAUGCAAGAAUUUUAAUCAUGGAAUAUGUAGAAGGAGCAAGAUUAGAUGACUUAGAGUAUAUGAAAAAGAACAAGAUAAACACUUCUGACGUUUCCUCAUGUUUGUCGCAUAUUUUCAAUAAUAUGAUCUUUACUCCAGACGUGGGCUUACAUUGCGAUCCUCAUGGAGGUAACCUUGCAAUCAGAUCUUCGAAAUCUCGCAAUGGUCAUAAUUUUGAGAUUAUUUUGUAUGAUCAUGGCUUGUACAGACAAAUUCCUUUGAAAAUGAAGCGAGAUUAUUCACAUUUCUGGCUUUCUCUAUUAGAUAAUGAUAUCCCGAAAAUGAGAGAAUACGCAGAAAAGAUUACUGGAAUUCAAGGAGAACAAAAGUUUAGAAUAUUUGCAUCAGCAAUUACGGGACGCGAUCCAGAAAACGCUCUUCAUUAUGAUAUUUCUAAGGCAAGAUCCGAAGACGAAAUCAUAAAUAUGCAAUCUCAAUUGCAAGAUCAUAACGGAGUAUUAGAAGACUUAAUGGAUAUGCUAAGCAGAAUGCCUAGGGUUAUUUUAUUGAUCUUAAAGACUAAUGAUUUAACUCGACAUUUAGACGAAGGUUUGGAUAACCCAUUGGGCCCUGAACGUACAUUUUUAAUUUUGGCUAAUUAUUGCGCCAAGUGUGUUUUCGACGAAACUAAAGAAAACAUCAAUAAGAGCUACUCAAAAUUUUCCUUUGGAUGGACUAUCCAAAACAUAAAAUUAUGGUGGUUUUACCAAAAAAGACUCAGUUCAUUAUACAUUUAUGAUUGUAUGAUGACAAUUAAUAACUUUAAACACAAAUUAGGCUUCUAA